CCACUCCACUCCACAGUGAUCCGGAACAAAGUGAGGACGGAGGGUAGGAACAGCCGCCCCCUGUGCACUGGGGUCCCCAGAACAGACCUGAGAUGCUGGGGAGGGGCCAUCGGACAGCCUCGGGGUUCUCGUUGCUGGCAAAGCAGAUGUGGGGGGCCCUGCGACACCGGCCGGCGCGACGGUGUUCUCAGCAUCCCUGCGCACAGAGAGGCAGGGGCCGCGCUUUGCACCCCCUCUGGACGGGCCCGGUCCCCGUGCCCGGGGGCACCCGGCAGUCCCCCAUCAACAUCUGGGCCAGGGACAGCGUCUACGACCCCCGGCUGAAGCCGCUCCAGGUCGCCUACGACGCGGCGUCCUGCAUGUACGCCUGGAACACCGGCUACCUCUUCCAGGUGGAAUUUGACUCCGCCGCCGAGGGCUCAGGAAUUAGUGGUGGGCCCCUGGAAAACCACUACAGGCUGAAGCAGUUCCACUUCCACUGGGGAGCGGAGAACGCGUGGGGCUCGGAGCACACGGUGGAGGACCACGCGUACCCGGCAGAGCUGCACUUAGUUCACUGGAAUUCUGUGAAAUACCAAAGCUACCAGGACGCGGUGACGGGAGAGAACGGCCUGGCUGUGAUAGGCGUGUUCUUAAAGCUGGGAGCCCCGCACCAGGCGCUGCAGCAGGUGGUGGACGUCCUGCCGGAAAUAAGGCACAAGGAUGCGCGGGCGGCCCUGGGCCCUUCGACACCUACGGCUGCCGCGUUGGCCGAGUCGGUCACCUGGAUCCUCCAGAGGCAGCCCAUCGAGGUGGCUCCCAGCCAGCUGUCGGCGCUGCGCUCGCUCCUGUGCUCCGCCGCCGGCGAGGAGGAGACGGUGAUGGCGGACAACUACCGCCCGCUGCAGCCCCUGCUCGGCCGCACGGUCCGAGCGUCCUUCCCGGCCACCAGAGAGGGUCCACGUGGGUAGGCGGGACUGGCUUUGAGAAGAGGGAAUCACAAUGUGAUUGAUCCUAUGCGACUUUCGAAAUUAAAAAGAGAGAGGUCGUUGUUGCA